GCCCGCCGGGCCGAGCUGCGCCGAGCCUUCGCGCUUGCUCGGGUCCAGCGCCGAGUCAGGGUUCGCUCGCGGCCAGACGCGCGCUGCUCGCGCUCUUCAACACCUCAAGGACCAGCAAGCAACAGCAAGCCGCAACAGUCAUGGGCGCCCCAGCACUUGUCACGCUCGACGACAUCCGUGCCGCACACGAGCGCAUCCGGCCGCAUGUGCACCGCACGCCGCUGCUCACCAGCGCCGCGCUCGAUGCGCUGGCCAGCGCCCGUCUGUGCCGGCCCGACGAGCGUGUGCGCGUGCGCCUGGCGCUCAAGUCGGAACACCUGCAGAAGGUCGGCGCCUUCAAGAUGCGCGGCGCCACCAACGCCACGCUCCGGCACCUCGAGGAGGUGCGCAAGGCCGAGCCCGACUUUGACGUUGCGCGCCUUGCGCUCGUGACGCACUCGAGCGGCAACCACGCGGCAGCGCUCGCGGCCGCUGCGGCCAGCGUGGGCGCCAAGGCGCACGUCGUGAUGCCGAGCAACGCACCCGGCGUCAAGAAGGCGGCCGUGGCGGGCUACGGCGCGCGCAUCUACUUCUGCGAGCCGACACUCGUGGCGCGCGAGACGACGGCCGAGCGGGUGAUGGAGGAGCAGCGCGCGGCCGGCGCCCACGCCGUCUUUGUGCACCCGUACGACGAGGCCUGGGUCAUUGCUGGCCAGGGCACGCUCGGCAUCGAGCUGCACCAGCAGGUCGCGCAGCUCGAGCAGCGCGCCGCCUGCUCACACGCGGCAGAAGCCAGCGCCUCGGCAGCAGACCCGAGCCCUAACGCGUGGCAGCGCAGAGGCACCGACGAGCCGCAGCUCGACUUUGUCGUCGCACCCGUCGGCGGCGGCGGCAUGAUGAGCGGCGUCUCGACGGCAGUGACGAGCCUCGACAAGCGCAUCGAGGUGCACGGCGCUGAGCCGGCCGACGCCGACGAUGCAUACCGCUCGGUGCAGAGCGGCAGCGUCCAGCCGGCCGUCGUGCCGGCGCGCACCAUCUGCGACGGCCUGCUCACGUCCCUCUCGGAGCGGACCUUCGCACACGUCCAGGCACACGUUAAGGAGAUCCACCUCGUCGAUGACCGCGAGACGCUCGCGGCGAUGCGCCUCGUGUACGAGCGCAUGAAGCAGGUCAUCGAGCCGAGCAGCGCCACGUCGCUCGCCGUCGUGCUCAGCUCAGAUAGCUUCCGCGACGCGGUGCGGCCCGCCAUCGAGGCCAAGGCGCGAUCUCUCGCGGACGGCGAGCACGCUGAGAUCCGCAUCGUGCUUGUCAUCACGGGCGGCAAUGUGGAGCUGAGCAAGCUCGUGCGCGCCAUGGAGCAGGCCGAGGAGACGCAGUCAUAGAGUCCGCAUAGCAACACAUCGGGCCACGCGUGAUGCCGCAACAAUCCCAUUCGCGAUCUAGGGCUCCU